GAGAGAGAUUCUUUUGUAGUUCUUCACGAGUUCAAACUUAAUUCCAUCACCAAAUUUUCGCAUUUUUACAUACUUUACUUAGUUGAGUGUAGAUUUUGUGUUCGCUGAAAGUAGUCGGUAGACUUCCUUAGUUAGAGUGUGUAAUUAUAUGAGUCUUAGUGAUGUCAACCUUGUGUCGUUAUAUUCCCAAGAAAUCUCUAGGACAACCUUGGCCUUGGGAGAAGCUGAUUCGGAGGCCGGAAUGGCGAGAUCUAUAUGUGGGUAUCGAGGUCCUUCAACCUAAGACGAUGAAGAUGAUGCUUGAAGAGUGCCAUCUUCUCGGCACACAGGGAGUGGGCUGCUUCUCACUCUUUGAUUGUUCUAACUUGUUGGUCAUCUGUUUGGAUUAUCUCACAUGUGAUCUCCAAGUAGCACAAAUGAUGGUAGGGCCAUUCGAGAGGGUGAGAGACCCGAGUGCCACUAAUCAUGUGUCGAACCUACCGAAAGGGUUCUUUGGUGUGCAUCCUAUGUCCGCGAGAAUAUCUUCAGGUCGACUUAGGGCCGGCCGGGUAAGAUCGUGGAUCAGUUUCAUUUUCGUUGUGUGGUUCAAGGAAGUACGAGCAAAAGUUUACACAUUUUGGAACCAAUCAUCACAUGCACAUGUUGUUUCAAGUAGCUGCAAUCAUGCGCCUUUUGAGCAAGCUGGUCAGUCCAUUUGAUUGGAUAGUAGCUACCAAUCAAGGUCCAAUACAAGAGCUAGGAAUAUUCCAACUACAAAGUUCAAUCCCACCAACAUGGAUAAACUAAAGACAUUUUGAUUACGGCGGAGGAUAAAGUGACGAUAUGAGUAAAUAUGAUACUUUGUAUUAGUUAGC